CAGCUGCUCGCGGCAGCCACGCAGCAGCCGCAAAGCCCAGACUUCAAGUGAAUGGAUGCCUCGGGAAGUGUUUUCCUGGAGGAACCCAACGAGCAGUGCAAGACUGUGGCAGGGCUAGUGAACUUAGAUUUGGUUUUCCUCCCCUGCAGCUGAGCUGGCUGGAGAGACACUUUAGUUCUGUCUUUCCCAGUUCUGCGUCCUGCACAAGCAGUAUUGAAAAUUUAAGUGCAAAAAGCAUGACAAAGCAAUAUGAGGUUGCUGUGCAGGUAAUUGCUGCCAUGGAAACACAACUGUCUAAUGGGCCAACUUGCAAUAACACAGCCAAUGGUCCAACCACCAUAAACAACAACUGCUCGUCACCAGUUGACUCUGGGAACACAGAGGACAGCAAGACCAACCUAAUAGUCAAUUACCUUCCUCAGAACAUGACACAGGAGGAGCUCAAGAGUCUUUUUGGGAGCAUUGGUGAGAUAGAAUCCUGUAAGCUUGUAAGAGACAAAAUAACAGGACAGAGCUUGGGAUAUGGCUUUGUGAACUACAUUGACCCCAAGGAUGCAGAGAAAGCUAUCAACACCCUGAAUGGAUUGAGACUUCAAACUAAAACGAUAAAAGUUUCCUAUGCUCGUCCAAGUUCAGCUUCUAUCAGAGAUGCAAACUUAUAUGUCAGUGGGCUUCCAAAAACCAUGACUCAGAAGGAGUUGGAACAGCUGUUUUCACAAUAUGGACGCAUAAUUACUUCUCGUAUUCUUGUGGACCAGGUCACUGGUAUAUCAAGGGGUGUAGGGUUUAUUCGAUUUGACAAGCGGAUUGAGGCAGAAGAAGCUAUCAAAGGCCUAAAUGGCCAGAAACCUCCUGGUGCCACAGAGCCAAUCACUGUAAAGUUUGCUAAUAAUCCAAGCCAAAAAACCAAUCAGGCCAUCCUUUCCCAGCUGUACCAAUCUCCAAACAGAAGGUAUCCAGGACCACUAGCUCAGCAGGCACAGCGUUUUAGGUUGGACAAUCUGCUCAAUAUGGCUUAUGGAGUGAAGAGGUUUUCUCCAAUGACCAUUGAUGGAAUGACCAGUUUGGCCGGAAUUAAUAUCCCUGGGCACCCUGGAACAGGGUGGUGCAUAUUUGUGUACAACCUGGCUCCUGAUGCAGAUGAGAGUAUCCUGUGGCAAAUGUUUGGGCCUUUUGGAGCUGUCACCAAUGUGAAGGUCAUCCGUGACUUUAACACCAAUAAAUGCAAAGGUUUUGGAUUUGUGACUAUGACAAACUAUGAUGAGGCAGCCAUGGCGAUAGCUAGCCUCAAUGGAUACCGUCUGGGGGACAGAGUACUGCAGGUCUCCUUUAAGACAAACAAAACGCACAAAGCCUAAUGAUCUCUUGUCCUCAGUCCAUUUAUAUAUGAAAACUAUACAACAAAGGCAAGUUAAGAGAAACUUUAUACAUUAGUAAAUGUCUUUGUAAGUCAGUGUUGAGAUGGGGAUAAAACGACUACUUAGCAUCCUAAGAAAUAUGUGAGAUUUUUUAUUGCUAGUAUUUGAAUUAAAACUUCUUAAAUAUCUUUUAUGUUUGAAUAUGGACAAGAGGUACAGGGUUUUUACCUGUCACAUUGCAUUCUAUUGCCUUCUUUGAAGAAGGUGGACCUUUUAAAAGUGUUUCAGCUAAGGGAAGACAUUUUUCUUUUUACAUAACUGCCUUGAACCUGUGAGUAAAUAUUGAGGCUUUGUGUUGUAAUUCUUCAGUUGGUUGUGUCUUUCCCCCCUGCGGCCCCCUACCCCCACUUUUUUCUCUGUUUUUUUUUUCUGAUUAGCUUUGUUUUGUUUACAUUUAAAGCAUUGCUGUUAAGUCUAAGAAAAGUAUUUUGAAGUUUACAUUUUUAUUUAUGAAGUUAAAAGCAGUAUUUAUUUUGUAAUUAUCAUUUGGGUUGGGGAAGGGGGGGGCUACGUUAUAAACGCUUAUUGUAAGAAUACUGGAGAACUUUUCGUAAAGCAGUACCUUGCCAAAGAGAUAAGAGCCUCUUUGAUGUGGGUUUAAAAAAAAGCAUCUAUUUUUAUAAAAAAGAAAAUUUGGAGAAACUUUUUACUGGUCCUGGAACAAAUAUUUUGACUUGAAUACUUUGAGAAAUCUCUUCAUAUGACACCUAGUGAGCUUUUAAAAUUUACCAGGAAAUUUGCAGCGGUUGGGAAAUUUAGAAAGAUUUAUGAUGUAGAAAAUAAUUUUGAGAUCUUUGUGUGAAAGGUAAAUAGAAUCAACAAGGGAACCACUGCUGGUUUCGUUUUUGUAAUCACCAGUGGAAUAUGUGAUCAUCCUGGUUAUUCUGUGAUAGGUGGCUCACAUUGAUUUGUGAUUUUGAAACAAAAAAUUUACAAAAGAAUAUAUAAGAGCAGGCAAGAAAUUUAAAUUACCAAGAGAUGGGGGAAAAAAAAUCUGUUCUUCCUAAAGAAAUCCCUUCAGAUAGAGCUCAUGGUGUUUAGUGAUGUACUUGCAGUAUUGUUUGAAGAAUUGUUUUGUCUUAAGGAAAAAAAGAUGUUGCACAUGACUUGUACUGCAGCAGAUCAGCAAAAGUGAUCUGAGUUGGAUAUAUUUGAAGGUGUUUUGAAAGUUACGUUUAAGGCUAACACCUGAGCUUUGUGUAAUGUAAAUAAGACCUUGUGUUUAUGAACCUUUCAGCUAAUUUGAUUUCUUUUCCCUUACAUGCCAAGUGAUGUUCAGGUUUUGAAUGUUUUUGUAUCAGUUUUUUUCUUUGUAAAUGGCAUUAACAUUGUUACUUGAGGUCUUGCUUAAUCACUUCUGUUGUCCUGAGGACUUGAAUUUACAGUGCAUCAGAUUCGUUGCUAAUUUUGUCUGUAGAUAGUCUAGCUUCAGCUGUUUCUGGUGAUGCUACAUUUUCGUUUAUAAAUAUGUUUGUGGUAAAAAAAAAGAAAAAAAUGAGUAUAACCUUAGGUUUUGAACAAAUUUCCUUACAUUUUUCAUACAAAAAUCAUAAAUAUCUGUAUGCUAUUGAAAUUUAACUUUGUAUGAUGCUUAAACCACUAUUUGGGGAAAUAAUAAAAUAAGUCUUUACCAUGUAUGAAAGAAAAUUUUAAAAAAUACAAAAUAUUUUCUGAUUAGCAUCUAGCUUAUAAUAAAUUUUCAAAAAAGCUGAAGGCAGAAGUUGCCUUCUUCAGGAUGCACUGAGAACUCUAUAGUUACGUCCUGCUUUUUGUAUAAACUGAGAUGCUCAUAUGCUUCCCCUUAGAACAGGCAAUGUGCUAUGCAUAACAUAGUUGUACAUUAUCUUUGCGGUUGCUUUGAGUUUUGGUUUUGUUAUUAUUUAAAAUUGUAGUUAUAAAAAUUUUCAGUAUAGUACAGUACAUAAACUGUGAGGCGCGUGCUAAAGUGAAUAAGCGAGUUUUCAUGCUGACCCACUCAAUGCUAUUCAGAACUCAAUUGGCUUAGCACUUUCUCAUAUCCUUAGGUGCAUUUAGAUUGUCAGAGUUAACCUGCGUUUAAAAAAUAAAAAAAUAAAAUACAUGUAUAUACUUAAAAAAAAAAUAAGGUUUCCCUCACGGGAAAACAGCAGCUACAUGCUUCUUUCCUAUACUACUGUAGCAAACCAAGGCAUUGAUGAGAGGCAUGCAAAUUGUGCUUCACUUUACAGUGUUUAUCAGAGCACUUAAUAAAAUGUAAGGCUGGUAUUUAUUUGAAGUUGUACAGUAUGACUUAAUUCACAUCUGUUGGAAUAGAAAAUAUAUUCUGUUGAGUAUUUAAGAGGCUGUACAUGUUUUCUUUUGUGUUUGGAUUCUUUGUACUUUUUCAUGUUCAGUACAUCAAUAAACAAAGUUGAAGGGAAA